CUUCCAUUCUGCUCCAGUCGUUGCUUUCAUCGGAUCUCCCUUUGCACGAAUACUGAUUGAUGGACGCUUCUGCCAUCCCACUGACCUCGCGCCUUGGCCGGGACAUGCAAGUCUACCACGACGGUGUUCGCCAAGUUGCUGGCUGCGUCAUCACACGACGCGACACGCGUGAGAUCCUGCUAGUAACAUCACGAGCCAAGCAAGAGUGGAUUUUGCCAAAGGGCGGCUGGGAAAGCGACGAGUCCAUCGAGGAGAGCGCUCGCCGGGAAGCAAUCGAAGAAGCGGGCAUUGUUGGCAGAAUUACGCGUUCGCUGGGAAGCGUGCAGGUUGCGUCGAAAAACGGGAAUUCAACGUCCUGCAUUCACUGGUUUGAAUUAGCGGUCGACCAAGUGCUAGAUCAAUGGCCAGAGCAGCGCGAGCGAUCGCGGAAAUGGGUCUCUUUCAGCGAAGUAUUGAGCACAUGCACACGUCCAGAGAUGAUACAAGCAAUCAAGUCGGUGAUAGAGGAGCACAGCAACACUUGAAUGCCGUCAAAGUUGUAUAUUAAAAACAAAAACACUCCCCCCCC